AAGACAUUUGGGUGUCAGUUUCAGAGAGAAGUGUUUAUUCAAUUUCUCUUUUCUUAGUGAAAAUUCGAGAUGUGUAAAUGUACUCGAUUUGUCUCUUCUUACUGCUGUGUUAUAUACUUAUUAUCGGUUCGUUGGUACAUAGAAAUCGCAAUGAACAAAAAAACCAUUCAAAACAAUGAAAGAAGCCUUGGAGUACCGUUUUUAGAGGACAUCGAAGCAGAUAUCGCUGCGCUUCCACCAGAAGUUGAUGACCAAUCGGAUAAGGACGGCAUUGCCGCUGAUGACAUUGGUCGGUCAGACGUAACUGAUGUUCCGGGUACUGUGGAAUGUGGGGGUCCCGGGGACUAUGAGUCGGAAUACUUAUCUAGAAUUGAAGUCUCUUUUACACCUUCAGGAUAAGCCAGAAAACAAUAUUGACCAUUGUUAAUUCGAACUUUCAAAAAUGGAAUAUUUUUCAUGGACAUUUGUCCAUAGAUGAAAUGAUAGUACGUUAUUAUGGACAUCACUCGCUGAAACAAUUUAUCCCUUCAAAACCAAUUUGUUUUAAAUAUAAAUUAUAGGCUAUCUGUGGAGAUGAAGGCUAUUGCUAUAAAUUUGCCUUUACUGUGGAAAAGAGGCAGCAAAACAAAGCUUUUAAAUCGCUUGUAACUCGUGUGGUCAACAAUAUGUUGUCCAUUGUUACCAAUUCAAGCUCCCAAUAAAUUUUUUUUAACAAUUUUUUCACGUCCAUUAAAUUAUUGACAGAUUUAAGAAAAAAGGUUAUCCUGCAACAGGCACUUUACGCAAUGACAGAAUCUUAAGUGCGUCACUAAAGGCUACCAAGGACAUUGAAAAAUGUGCCCGAGGUUUUCAUAAUUCAAUUUUCGAUCUCGAAAACAAAAUACUCUUGCUGAGAUUGAACGAUAGUAAAUGUGUCACAAUAGUCACCAAUUUUGACACAAUUAAACCACUGGCUUCAGCAUCGAGCUGGAAUAAAAACGAAAAAUCAUAAACACCCAUGUCGCAGCCGGGCACAAGUUAAUGAGUAGUGUAGAAUAGCAAGAAUGGCUUCUUGAAUAGCACCAUACACCCAUACGAGAGAAAAAGUGGUACUGAUGUCUCAUAACGCAAAUUAUAGACAUGGCAGUUGUCAACGCUUGCCAACUUUAUAAAAAGUGGAAGAAAAGCCAUUUUCUAUAAAAGAAUUUUGUAUAUCUAUUGCACUUUGUUCCCUACCUGAAGUUAGUGAUAUAAGAUUGCCAAAGAAAGAUCUUCGACAUCAAGAACGCCGGUUGUAGCAAGCUACACGCUCCUAAAGAAGCUGAAGCUGUUUUCACUUAGAUCCUUUUAUGUGCCAUUCUGGGUUUGAUUGUACAGUUUUUGGUGUGACUUCGCUGUUUACACUACUUUUCUCCAUUUUUCCCUCUCUCGGAUAUAUUUCCAAUUUUCAUACUCCUUAAGUCUUCUUCCACUUGUUGUCUCCAUCUCAGUUUAGAUCUGCCUCAGGUUUUUUUACCUGGUAGUAUCCAUUUCGUUAUAACUUUUGACAGAUUGCUCUUCUCUUUUCUCAUUAUGUAUCCAUACCAUCUAAUUCUUUGUGCUUUUAUUGCUCUGACUAUGUUCCCUUGACCCAUCAUUCUUGUAUUUCGUAAUUCAUCCAUUUUCUUGCGUCCUCUUUGUUUUCUCGUUGGUCCCAAUAUUUUACUGAUAAUAUUUCUCUUUGCUCUAAAAACGUUCCAUUGCUUUAAUAGCGUUCCAUAAAUCGAAGGAAAAAUGCGUCUUAAGUGUUUUAUUGCUUCAGUGGCCCUUAAUAAAUAUUUUAAAGCAAUUAGGUGUUCAAAAAAUGUGGAAAGUUUGGUAAUAAAUUUACCGUCUUCACCACGGCUACAUAGACUUUAAAAAGCAUACGAUUGUGUAAAUAAAACAGAAUCGUUCAAGAAUUCCGUCUCACUUAAUAUAAAAUAUUUGUUUUAGAGAUCUCAUUGAGUGCCUGCAAUCAGUAUAUUGUAUCAGUCUUCUUCCAAAAAAUGAUCCUUUAUUGUCAGACUAUCAUAUAAAAAACUUCUACUUAUAAAUAUUAAUCAGAUAUUGAUUACUUUAGCGGAAUUUAGCAAUGUUUCUCGUUAUUUUCUAUAAUAAUUUUUAUAUAAUAUCAAAACUUUCCAUUUACCCGGAAAAUGUCUGUAUCUAGAGCGUACACCUAUCGAAAUCUUUAGCAAUACAAGCUCACGUAGAAUACGUGAUUAGAACAACGCACGAGAGAAAAAAAUUAAGGCUUUCUAUGAAGAUAUGACAACGCUAACAGUAUGACGUGUAACCAUUUUAGUUCGGCUUUUUUCAAAUAUGGCGGUAAAAGUCGGUAGUCUUAAUCGUGUUGUUUACUAUAACACUUGUUCAAGUGAAAGCAUUACAGAAUGAAUCAAAUUUUUCUCACAUUUGCAUUUGAACAGACGCUUGAUGAUAUUAGGUAGAUGAAAUAGAAACUGGUGGCCUGAUUAUCUUAACGUUAUAGUUGUUAAUGAAGUUUGUUACAAUAUUUGUAAGGCAUCAUAUAAUUCACACAAUGUAGAGCAGAUUAAGCAAUUACUUUAAAAAAGGAUAGGUCAAAAUACUUUGUUGUUAAUUCUAAAAUAUUUUUUUUAGUUAUCUACUUGUUGCAUCCGCUUUUUCAUUGUCAUUAUCUGUCUAAUGUAAACCUCUAGAUAAUGUUUAAACAUUAUACCUAUAACAUUUUUUUAAAUAUCAUAGGUAUAAAAAGGAGAAGAAAAUACCGUCUGGAAGAAAUACCGCCAAACAUUUAUAGAACACGAUAAAAAGAAAUAUGUUACAAAGAGAAAUAUAGCAAAAAGAGCAGUAAAAAUGGCAAAAUAUAAAUCUGGGAAUAAUUCGGAUUUAGCUUGAAUGAAUGAUAUAAAAUAAAUAAGAGACAAUUCUGGACCAUUAAAAGGAGGUUAAAAGGCAAAAAAGACAAAAACAGUCAACUCAAGAUAGUGAAAAUAGAAACAUUAGAAAGAAAGAACAUUAUACAGACUUAUUUCGGGAUAAACUAGCAGAAAACUGUUUGCAGAAAGACGAAGUAGUCGAAAGUUUUCAUGAGACAGGAGUUGAAAUAGACGUAGUUAUAUAUGUUUAGCGUUAACAUUAAUUAUAAACCACCACCACAUGAUUUAUAUUUUGUUAUUUUUUUGUAUUGUCUUGAUAAAUAAAUAAUUUUUAG